GGAAUCACAUGAGUUCAGAGAAAGAGAAACUUAAGUGUAGUUGAGCUGUUGUGUGUUUCUGUCUCUGUAUUCAUACAAUAAAAUGGCAGAAGCCAGAAUUUCUCAGGAUGAGUUCAUGUGUUCAGUGUGUCUGGAUCUCCUGAAGGAUCCUGUGGCCACUUCCUGUGGCCACAGUUUCUGCAACAUCUGUAUUACAGGCUUCUGGGAUCAGGAGGAUCAGAUGAGAGUCUACAGCUGUCCUCAGUGCAGACAGACCUUCAGUCCAAGACCUGCUUUAGCUAAAAACACCAUUCUGGCUGAAAUGGUGGAGAAACUGAAGAAGACUAAACUUCCUGCUGACUGUUACGCUGGAGCUGGAGAUGUGCAGUGUGACGUCUGUACUGGAAGAAAACACAAAGCCGUCAAGUCCUGUCUGGUGUGUCUGAACUCUUACUGUCAGAUUCACCUUGAAGAACAUGAGAGUUGGUUUAAAGGAAAGAGACACAAUCUGACUGAAGCCACUGGACGACUGCAGGAGAUGAUCUGCCCGAAACACGACAAGAUCCUUGAGGUUUUCUGCCGCACUGACCAGAAGUGUAUAUGUGUGCUAUGUAUAAUAGAUGAACAUAAAAACCACGACACUGUAUCAGCUGCAGCACAGAGGACAGAGAAACAGCAUCAGCUGAAAGAGAUGCAGAGGUCGUUCCAGCAGAGGAUCCAGCAGAGAGAGAAAGAUCUUCAGCAGCUGAGAGAGGCUGUGGUGUCUCAUAAGCGCUCUGCAAAGACAGCAGUGGAGGACAGUAAGAGGAUCUUCACUGAGCUCAUCCGCUCCAUUGAGAGAAGCCGCUCUGAGGCCACACAGCGGAUCAGAGAUCAGGAAAAGACUGCAGUGAGUCGAGCUGAAGGACGACUGGAGCGACUGGAGCAGGAGAUCAAUGAUCUGAGGAGAAGAGACGCUGAGCUGGAGCAGCUUUCACACACACAGGAUCACAUCCAUUUCCUGCAGAGUUUCCAGUCUCUCUCAGCUCCUCCUGAAUCUACAGACGUAAAUGAUGAUCCCUUCAGUUCUCUCUCCUCUUUUGAUGUUGUGAGAGAAUCUGUCCGUCAGCUGAGAGACAAACUGGAGGAUUUCUGCAAAGAGGAGCUGAAGAAGAUCUCUGACAGAGUCACUUUCACCAACAUUGUUCCCAGAACCAGGAACGACUUCCUACAAUAUUCCCAUCAGCUCAAUCUGGAUCUGAACACAUUGAAUGAAAACCUCCAUCUGUCUAAAAGGAACAGAAUGAUUACAUUCAUUGGCUCAGAGCUUCAGCAGUAUCCUGAUCAUCCAGACAGAUUUGAUCAGUGGGAGCAGGUGUUGUGCAGAGAGAGUGUGUGUGGACGCUGUUACUGGGAGAUUGAGUGGAGAGGUGCUGUGUUUAUAUCAGUGUCAUAUAAGAGCAUCAGCAGGAAGGGACGGGGUAAUGAGUGUUGGUUUGGAUAUAAUGAUCAGUCCUGGAGUUUGUUCUGCUCUGACUCCAGAUUCAUAUUCACACACAAUAACAUACUGACUAAUCUCUCUGUAGAGUCCAUCAUCAGUAGAAUAGGAGUGUGUGAUUAUUAUGAUUUUGAGUCCAUCAACAGGAGAAUAGGAGUGUAUGUGGAUCACAGUGCAGGAACUCUGUCCUUCUACAGCGUCUACAGAAACACAAUGAGCCUCAUCCACACAGUCCAGACCACAUUCACUCAACCGCUCUAUCCUGGGUUUUAUUUUUUUUAUGGAUCAUCAGUGAAACUGUUGAUGAAUCAGAAUAGACUGUAGAGAGAUUCUACCCAUAAUGCUUUGAGCUCAUGAUGAAUCAGUAACAGUGAGAUGUUAUAGAGUCUCUUAUUUUCUCUUCAUUACAUUAAUACUACAGCUGAACUUCUGUCAGUGAAAUAACAUGUCAGAAUAAAUGUGUGUAAUGAAUCCUCAUAUAGACAGUGAGAUCAGUGUGUGUGUGUGUGUGUGUGUGCGUGUGUGUCCCAUUUUAGCUGUUACGAUCCCCUGCUCUUUCUCGUUUUCCCUUUUCUUUCCGAAAACCCAUUUUCAAUUCAAAAUAAAAACAUGAGGCACAAAUGUCUAAAGAUUUCAAAGUGUAAAAUUUUAAACAAAUAUUAGUAUGGUGUUAAAUAAAAUGAAUUACCCCACAACAUACAUUAUAGAAAUGUUCUAUGUUCAGACCUUUCCUUUCAAAAAGAAAUAGUGAAGAUUGUUAAACAUCUCUGAAUUAGCUUUGACAUUUUAACUCAAUGUGUAAGCUCUCGAGCUCAAUGAAAAUAAACACCACAAAAAAAGAGGUUAUAGA